GGAAGGCAUCAAUCAUGAGUGCAAGCUGUGUAACCAGAUGUUCGACUCUCCGGCCAAGCUCCUGUGUCACCUGAUCGAGCACAGCUUCGAGGGCAUGGGGGGGACCUUCAAGUGUCCCGUCUGCUUCACAGUCUUUGUCCAGGCCAAUAAGCUGCAGCAGCACAUCUUUGCUGUCCACGGGCAGGAGGAUAAGAUCUAUGACUGCUCCCAGUGUCCUCAGAAAUUCUUCUUCCAGACGGAACUCCAGAACCACACGUUGAGUCAGCACGCUCAGUGAGAACGGGCCCGGCAGGGCUCUCGGUUCCGCCCGGCGCCGACGCCCCCCAGCGGGAGAGGACCGUUUCAGCAUCAGAGCCAAUCAAAGUGUCAUUUUCUCCUCACAUGUAAAACUCUAACAACUGGGCCACCGGGCGCAGCUAUUACAAGCAGUGGGAAACGAAUAUUAAUGGGAGGUAUUAAAAAAAGAAAAAGGAAAAAAAGACGAGAGGGAGGAGAGGAAAAGGUAUUCUCCGCGUUCAGUAUUUUUUAUCGUCCUGCUUCCAGUUGUGCGGUUUUUUUUAAACGAAAGAAGAAAAAAGAGGGAAAAAAACGCCUUCUGUCUCUGAUUUUAGUCUUUAGAAAUUCUUCUCUUCCUUGUCCUCUGUUGCUUAUUGUAUCAAACUAAUAGGUGCCAAUUUUUCCUUGUUUUUUUGUCAUUUAAAAAAAGAUCAUUUUUGAUUGUUUUGUUCUUUUGUACCUUUAAUUUCUUGCAGUAAAUAGGUACUUGUGCUGUGUUGUGAUCGCUUGCCAAUCGUAAUAUUUCCGAUUUUUUCUCCUUUUUAUUAUUAUUAUAUAUUUUCCUUUUGUAAUUACAAUAAAAAGACAAAAAAACAGAUAAAGUAAAAAAAAUGUAAUGGUUUGAUUGGAUUUUCCAGUUCACGGGACCUAAUGGUUAUUGUAAAAAUGAAUAUCAUCAAUUUCAGUGCAACUGGAUGGUGUCUGCUUUUUAAAUGUGAAUUAACCAGAAUGCAAUAACUAUUACAGUCAAAAAUAAGUGAAUAAAUAAAUGAAUAAAGGGAAUCCAUGCAUAA